AUGACGUGUCACGGCUACGCACCGACGCGAUUUAUGGCCAACGAAUACACCGAGGAAAAUACACUUCCUAUGGCCACUGGGAGUGGAUAUUCGGACAAUACUCGUGACCAGCCUGUGACAGUGCUGCAUGCGAUAAAAGGAACUGCGAUGCUGAUUGAAAGUGUUGGAUGGACAGCGACUGCGUUGGUUGCUGGAUGUUUAAUGUGUUCCGGAAUCAUGGCAGAUAGAGAGGGCGAGUGCUACGAACGAAAGAGUUAUAACGCAUCGCGUUCUAUUCCGUAUAAAGAGACCUACUACGAGAGAUGUUGGUUGUUCUUCACCUGCGUUAGGGCGCGCACGAACUACAUAAAUGAGACAUACGAGGCGUUCAGAUUGAACAGGACAUGCUGCGGAGGCUACGAAAACAAAAGUGGAAAUUGUGUGGCACAAUAUUCCAGAGGCUGCCAAAAUUGCCAAAAACCACGUACCUGUGGCUGUAGUGAAAACCCGAAGAAAUGCGUUUCUGUAUGUGAAACUGAAUAUCGGAUAUCAAUUUUCUGGAGUCAGUGCGAUGAUGAACAUAAAUUUAGUGCUGACAGAACCAAGUGUUCGCCAAAAUGCAACCCUUCUUGCGCGGAGAAUGCAUGGUGCCAGAAGCCAAACACCUGCGUGUGCAUGCCUCGCUACGUGGGUAACGGCACCAGCUGCUUGCCGGAAUGCAAAAAAGGCUGUGCCAACGGAAGAUGCGUAGCUCCUGACGAAUGCCUCUGCAACGAUGGCUGGAACGGACCGUCUUGCGACGAGCCACUCGCAUGUGUAGUUGCUUCCUUGGUCCCCGAGAGUCAUUCUGACGAUACGCCAGCCAGCAAUCUUUCAUUCACAAUGGGCACUGAUGAUAAAACAAACUAUUCUGAAAUUGCGCGAACCGUGCCUGCAUGCGGUAUAAAUUGUCCGGACGAACUCCUGAUGCACGCUUUCCAUUCUACUAAGUCUGGAGCAAACGUGACUUACCAUUUGAUCCCUUAUGAUGAUGUAAGGUGCAAUAACACAAAAUCUGGGCGGUCGUUUUUAGCAAGACACAGUAAUGUGAUAGCAGGAGUAAGUCUUGCAGGAAUAGCAUUCUUGAUAGUAGGAAUAACUUGCACAAUAAUGAAUGCCCGUCGAGGAAAAGAAAAAUCAAAAAACAUGUCAACCGAUAAUAUAGUCCAAUAUACCAGCAACGUAUACGUCACAGAAAAUUUACUCUACGAAGCCUGCUCGUGAUACUCAGACUGCUACUGACUAUUGAUUUUCUAUUCUAUCGGCAUAUGGUCGAAAUAGUACAUCUCAUUUACAAAGCCAUAGAUUUCAUCAAAUAACUUGGUGAUCGCGGUUUCUCUCGUGCAAUUUCGAACUUUGGUGAAAUUAUCUAUUGUAAUAUUCACCCCUCAAAUGUUGGUCAUAUAAUCAUUAAUAAGGCGGUUCAUUUCGAUUCAGUUUCACCGAAGUCAAAUGAGUAAAGUGAAAAGAAAACCUUCGACAUGAAUUCGACUCUUCGUAGUUCCCAAUGAAGAAGUAUAUUUUUAAUCAAGCAUCGUAUUAAAAUUUAACCUAAAGUUGCUACGUGAAAUUUGCGUCACUUAAUUUGUCAAUUAUCAUACUCAUUGUCAAGUAGAAUUCAAAAUCAUUGAAUAAGUUUAUAUAAUUCUUCACCAAUCGCAUCGAUAAACGGUAACUCAAC